GCCUGCCUUGGACUGGGCAAAACCCUCAUCCCGCCCACACUCACACACCUCAUUCCUUCUCUCGAUGACCUCAAUGACAGUGCAAGCCAAAAGAGUCAUCGUCGUCGGUGGAGGCAUUGCCGGUAUUGCUGCAGCGGCUGAACUCUCCAAAAACCCAAAUAUCCAUGUAACCCUCCUCGAGGCUCGCGACCGACUUGGCGGUCGGGUCCAGACCCACCGCACCCUUAUCCCCGCCUCAUUCGAAUCCUCUAAUCUUGUGCCCCAAGGUUCUUCUGCCAUCGCCUUUGAUUUUGGCGCCUCAUGGGUCCAUGGUCUUGAUCCCUCGAACCCACUCUUCCCGCUCCUCAAGACUGGCCUGGUCGAGUACCAUCACACGUAUACAGACCUCAUGUUCUAUGCGCCCGGCCAACCGGCAUUGCCUACGGAGGAGAGUGAUUAUUACUGGAAGGUCGUGUGGGAUCUGUUGGAUGAGGCACAGGCCUAUGCGGCAGAGCAUAGGGAGAGCAUACCGGAGGAGAUGUCGUUCUUGCAGUGGCUGACAGAGUAUUUAGAAAAAAGGCAGAUUAUUGACCCAAAGGCGGAGGGAUAUUUGAGUGAGAAGGUCAAGGAGGCCGUACGAGGAUUGGUCUUGUAUUGGGCCGAUGAGAAUGCGAUUCCGUUGAAGGACGCCUCGAUGAAGUAUAUGGAUGCGGAGGAGGUUUUCCCGGGGGAGCAUUGUUUCGUCAGUAAUGGGUAUGAUCGUGUGGUCAAGGUCCUUGCGAGUAAGCUCAGGAAUGCGAGGGUUCUGUUGGAACACGUCGUCGAGAAGAUUGACUACAGCGAGUCUGAGGUCAAAGUCGUCACCAACCACGGCACCUUCCACGCCGACCAAGUCCUCAUCACCCUCCCUCUCGGCGUUCUUAAAGCCCAAUCCCACUCCCUCUUCUGCCCACCUCUCCCCUCCACAAAACAACACGCGAUCGCCCACCUAGGCUUCGGUACCAUGUUCAAAAUCCUUCUCUUCUUCCCCUCAUGCUUUUGGCCCCCAGGUGUGCACUUCAUCAACUUCCUUCCCUCCGCCAGCACCAUCCCAAACACGGAUCUUGUCGCUUACUUCUCCCUUUCAGACCAACAACGCGAAGCCCUGACGGUUUACAUGAAAGACCUGGCCAAUUACUCAUCCUUGAUGCCCGUCUACAAUAUUUCGAUCCUGAUCGGGUAUGCAACCAACCAUGCCGCUGAACUCAUGGAGCGCCUAUCAGAUGAAGAGGCACGGAUGGUCUAUCUCUGUCAACUGGCACAUUACUACCCAACCUUGGCAACUCUGGAGGGAAAAGAAUUCUGGCCAAAGAUGUCGUUCAUGACCCGAUGGAACCAGGAUCCGUUUGCAAGAGGAUCGUACACGAGUAUCCCUGUCGGUGCUUCGCCAAGGGAUAUCGAGGCGUUUGAGAUACCCGUGGGCGCCAGAGUGUAUGAGCAACUAGACGGGAAUAAUGAUUAUGAGCAGGAUGGUGAUGAUAGCUACAGUUCGAGUUCGACGGCGGCGGUGAUGGCGGUGGAUGACCUAGAGGCUGGGAGGGUGUUCUUUGCGGGCGAACAUACCUCAAAGGCACAUUUUGCAAGUGUCCAAGGAGCAUUGAUCACAGGUCGACGCGAGGCGGCCAAGAUCCUUGGUCAAGGAUCCUUUUUUUAGAUGAUACGCGUAGAAGUGGAGAAGCCGUCACGAAGGACCACUCCUGAUACAACGGUCAUCAUUCACUAUCCAGCAAGGCAUAAUAUGAAUAUGGAGAUUAACAAUGAAUUAGA